GUCCCGACCCCGGGCCCCGGCCCCGCGCGCCCCGGCCCGGCCCGGCCCCGCGAGGUCUCAGCGCGGAAGAUGGCCGGCGGCGUGGACGGCCCCAUUGGGAUCCCGUUCCCCGACCACAGCAGUGACAUCCUGAGUGGGCUCAAUGAGCAGCGGACGCAAGGCCUGCUGUGCGACGUGGUGAUCCUGGUGGAGGGCCGUGAGUUCCCCACCCACCGAUCCGUGCUGGCGGCCUGCAGCCAGUACUUCAAGAAGCUCUUCACGUCGGGCGCCGUGGUGGAUCAGCAAAACGUGUAUGAGAUCGACUUCGUCAGUGCCGAGGCGCUCACGGCCCUCAUGGACUUCGCCUACACCGCCACACUCACCGUCAGCACGGCCAAUGUGAGCGACAUCCUCAGCGCUGCCCGCCUGCUGGAGAUCCCCGCCGUGAGCCACGUCUGUGCCGACCUCCUUGACAGGCAGAUCCUGGCAGCCGACGCGGGCGCCGAUGCCGGGCAGCUGGACCUUGUAGAUCAAAUUGAUCAGCGUAACCUCCUUCGUGCCAAGGAGUACCUCGAGUUCUUCCAGAGCAACCCUAUGAACAGCCUGCCCCCCACAGCCGCUGCCGCUGCCGCCACCUUCCCAUGGUCGGCCUUCGGCACCUCAGAGGAUGACCUGGACGCCACCAAGGAGGCCGUUGCUGCCGCCGUGGCUGCCGUGGCUGCCGGUGACUGCAACGGCUUGGACUUCUAUGGGCCGGGCCCCCCAGCUGAGAGACCCCCGGCUGGGGACGGGGACGAGGGUGACAGCAACCCAGGUCUGUGGCCAGACCGGGAUGAGGACACCCCUGCCGGGGGCCUCUUCCCACCGCCCGUGGCCCCGCCGAGCGCUACCACACAGAACGGCCACUUCGGCCGGGCCGGGGAGGAGGAGGCCGCCUCACUGUCGGAGGCGGCCCCGGAGCCCGGAGACUCUCCAGGCUUCCUGUCAGGCGCAGCCGAGGACGGGGAUGGGGACGGGCCCGACGCGGACGGGCUGGCGGCGAGCACGCUGCUGCAGCAGAUGAUGUCCACGGUGGGCCGGGCGGGGGCGGCGGCAGGAGACAGCGACGAGGAGUCACGGGUGGAUGACAAGGGCGUCGUGGACUACUACCUGAAGUACUUCAGCAGCGCCCACGACGGCGACGUCUACCCUGCCUGGUCACAGAAGGUGGAGAAGAAGAUCCGGGCCAAGGCCUUCCAGAAGUGCCCAAUCUGCGAGAAGGUCAUCCAGGGCGCCGGCAAGCUGCCGCGGCACAUCCGGACCCACACAGGCGAGAAGCCCUACGAGUGCAACAUCUGCAAAGUCCGAUUCACCAGGCAGGACAAGCUCAAGGUGCACAUGAGGAAGCACACGGGCGAGAAGCCAUACCUGUGCCAGCAGUGCGGGGCGGCCUUUGCCCACAACUAUGACCUGAAGAACCACAUGCGAGUGCAUACCGGCCUGCGCCCCUACCAGUGCGACAGCUGCUGCAAGACCUUCGUCCGCUCCGACCACCUGCACAGACACCUCAAGAAGGACGGCUGCAACGGCGUUCCCUCACGCCGAGGCCGAAAGCCCCGAGUCCGGGGCGGGGGGCUCGGGGGACCCGACCCCGUCACAGGAGCCCCCGCACCACCUGGUGCUCCUGCCCCACCUGGCUCCCCCGACGCCCGGCGCAACGGCCAGGAGAAGCACUUUAAGGACGAGGAGGAGGACGAGGAAGAGGCCAGCCCUGAUGGCUUGGGCAGGUUGAAUGUAGCGGGCGCUGGAGGGGGAGGUGACAGUGGCACUGGGACCACGGCCGAUGGCACCUUCGCGGCCGGACUCGCCUGAAAACCAAAAAGAGAAAACAGAAAUCCGAGAGAGAGAGAGAGAGAGAGAGAGAGAGAGAGAGAAAAUCACCCACCACCCCCCAAAAAAAAACACAAAAAAAGAAAAUCUAUAUACAGAUAUCUAUAUCUAUAUAUAUAUAUAUACAGAUAUAUAUAUAUGAAGCGUCACAGAACCUAGGCUAGUGCUUUCUCAGAUUUCUCUCCAUCGUGUUCUCUCCCUCCACCGGGACCUUCACCUCUCCCUGGCCCCUUCCCCCCACCCCAUCCAUGGGUUUUGGGGCUUGGUUAGGGGUUUUUGUGGGACACAAGGAUUCUGAGCACCGCGCCCCUCUCCUCAGGAUGCCCCUGGCAAGGGGUCUGGGUCCCAUCCCAGGACCGGGGCGGAGGCGAGGAGGGCCAGGAGGGGCCCGGGAUUGGGGUGGGUUUUUCUUCUCUUCCCUCGCUGGUUUAUACGAGUCUUUCAGACAAGACCUUAAAUGCUUUCUGUCCGCCGUGAGCGGACGUUAAAAUGACCCCCGUCCUUAUUCCCUACCCUCCUUCCUCAGGGCACUUACUAAGGGGGGGUCUCCCCCCUCGAUCUCCCCGUCAGCCUCCCCCCAUUCCUGCCUGUGGUCCCCAUAUCUCCUGGCCGCUGCAACACAAAUCUAUUUAUUUCCAGGCGUGGAGUAAAGGGGAGAAGGCUCGGGGGGUGAGGGGGGCGCCAGGGCAGCUCUCAGGGGCUCCCGCUGCCUUCAUUCAUGCACUUACAACUCAGCGGGACACCCAAGGGCUACUGCUCAGGGCGCCCCCUGCCACCCAUGUCUGUGUUCCCCGACCCAGGCCGCCCAGACCCCCACGAGACAUUUGGAGAUUCAGAACUUCUUGUCAUCACCCCUCCUGUCCCUCUGAACCUCUCCCAAUUUUUUAAAGCACUUUUUAGAUUUGUUUCCCUCUUUUCCUCCUUAAAAACAAAAUUUAUAUAUAGAUAUAUAGAUAUAUAUAUAUAUAUAAUAUACUUUUCCUCAGAGGAGCAGGCACCAGUGUGGGGUGAACUACCCAGAGCAGAGGAAACCCAGGGUCUCACGGUGGCAGGGAGGAGGGGAGAGAGAGUCCAGAAGUUCCAAUGUCACAAAAGCAAUAAAAACUAGAUUUUACAAAACGAAAGGAAAAAAAAAAGGCAACCAACCACAAUAGAAGUCUUGGCACUUUGUAACAGAACGGGUACUACACUUUAUCUUAAUUCUUAAUUUAAAAACAUGUUUACAAGUUGCAACCAACUUCUAUGAAAAGUCGAAAAGACAAAAAAAAAUAGAGCGAGAGAGAGAGCGAGAGAGAGAGAGAGAGAGAGAGCAAAGAGAAAUUCCUAAAAGUUGAUUUAUUUUUGUACAAAAUAAUAAAAAAAAAAACCCACCACAGACGUAGAAUCCACUUCUGUUCCCCGAGGUGAGAGGGGGGCCAGGAAGGCACGGGCGAGGGACCGGAAGGGUCACGACACCUGCUUCCCCGCGGGAGCGCAUGCCGGCAGGACUGGGGCUUUUUUUGUUUCUGCCCGUGUCCUCCCUCCCUCCCUUUCUUUCUCUUUCGGUUCUUUGGAGAUGUCUCCUCCCCCCACUAGCCAUACGAUGGCCGCCCAUGCCCAUGGGUCCCUCCUUACUGACUCCCUAGCUCAGGGAUGGGCCUGAGAGAGGGCUGGCCUUCCAACCAGCCAGAGCAACUUAGUCCCCAUCUGCCCCCGCUCGCCCUCAGUGUCCCCCCACCCCUUGACCCUUGCCCACUUCGGGGCUUCCAGCCCUCAGGGCCUGUCCUCCAACAUGGCCGCCCUUCCUUGUGGCCACCAAGGAGCCGCCAUAUUGGACAUGCCAUCCCUGUUGAGGUGGGUGAUGGGGCCCCACCUACAGGGCCUUACGUCCCCCAGACACCCCUCUUUUUACUCAAAGGCACUGACUGUAAUCUGGGGGCUGGCACCUGCCUCCCCCCAGCCUCUGGCUCCCUAAAGGCUCGAUGUUGACCGAGCCACAGGCCACGGACAGGGGCCAGGGUUGGGGAGACCAUGUUGCCAGAGGCCAGGGCACCCUCCCCCCGACUCCCUCUUGCAUAUGCAAUGCCUAGUAUGGGACCCUGUAAAUAGAUGCUCUGCUGAGCUGAGACCCUUCCUCGUCAAAGCCCAAGGUGCAGGGUUCCCUGCUCUCCCCCGCCCGCCACUGGCCCAUCUUCCCCAGGCCUCUGUGCCCUGUGACGAACCCCAUUUCUCGUCGUCUUUUUUUUUUUUUUUAAAGGGAAGCUUUUCAAGAAGGCAACUUUUAUUAUUUCUGCAGGCUAGUUUACCCUUCCCGCCCCACCCUGAGCCCAUCAGCCCCCCAAAUGUCUCAGGACCCCCCCCUCCUGAGGGGGGUGGCAGGGGAGCCCAGGGCCAGGUGGCCUCGUUCACACUCUAGUGUCAAGGGGCGAGCUCUUUUGAAACCCAUCUGUGGAAGCCGAGCAGAGUGCCCAGGCCAGGGACCCCCCCCACCCCCAGCUCCCAGAGAGGUUCCUUGAGAGGAAAACCCUCUCCCCCCUCCACACACCCCCUUGCAAUAAAACCAACUGAAAAAUCACAACUGUCGUCCUGGCCAGUGGGGACAACCAGACUUGGGGGAUCGAGGCCUCUGGACUAUGGCGGAUACACCGGCCGAACCCCUCCAAGCACACUUUAACACAAACCUCUUUGGGAAUUGCACUAAAUCCUUGCCCCUAGCUCCGAGCUCAGCUUCUGCCAGCCCUGCCCGCCCACUCCGCCUUAACCCCUCUCUUGCUGCCUGCCAGCCCAGCCCGGGUGCCGCAGCGUCUGCAUGGGCCCAGAGCCAGGACCCCUGCCCGCCCAGCCCCCCACCUCCACGCAAUCACAUACUGUAUAUAGACAUGGAUCAAUUUUAUUUUUAUUCUUUAAAUUAAGGUCGUGAUAAAGUGUUGCCAAAGAUACUGCUGAAUUCUCGCGUUUCAGGAAACAAACAAACAAAAAAAAUAUUUGAGGGGGAACGUGCUGACUGGUCAGAAAGGACACAGCAAAAAGUUUUUUUGUUUGGUUGUUUGGGGUUUUUUUUGUGUGUUUUCUUUUUUUGGGGUGUUUUUUUUAACUGCCUGGUACAAAAAAAAAAGAAAAAAGAAAAACAAAGCGAAAUUGUUAUUUACAUCAUCUUGGUGAAGUUGCGUGGGUGUGUGUGUGUGUGUGUGUGUCGGUGUGAGUGUGUGUGAGUGCGGUC